GAUUAAUUAUGCAUACAUUUUUAUAUUAGCAAUUAUUUUAGAACAUUAUUGUAGUCGUUAUAUUAUUAUUAUUAUUAUUCCUGUCGUGAUGGAUUUCCCUCUUAUUGAUGAAGCCUUCUCUCUUCUCCAAAAGGAUGGCAAGAUACCAAGGGUUUCGAUUCCUAUAGCUUUACGUGCGGCUGGGUUGAAUCCAAGUGAGGAAAAAAUUAAGCAAAUAAUGUCCAUAGCGUCAGAUAUUGACAUGUCUGCUUAUAGGAAAUUAGUUGCCGAACAUGAUGAUAAAACAGACACUAUGGAAGCUGUAAAGGAAGCUUUCCGCGUAUUCGACAAGGAUUCGAAUGGUACCAUUUCAGUUCCAGAAUUUCGACAUAUUAUGACAAGCAUGGGAGAAAAGUACCGCGAGGACGAAUUUCAUGAUCUUAUUCAAGGAUUUGAGGAAAAUGGAGUGAUUCAUUAUGAAAAGCUUGUUGAAAGGAUGCUUGCACCUUUUACAGAUCAUGUAAUUCAAGUGCUAAAUUGAAAAUUAUUUAACUAUACAAAGAUAUGUAUUUUACCUUUAUUAUCUUGUUAUAGAAUUA